AUGGACAUCUACAAUGUCACCACUGUGACUCAGUUCAUCCUCAUUGGGCUCUCUGAUGUCCCUGAGGUGCGCUACCUUCUCUUUGUGGCCUUUGCCAUCAUCUACCAGGUCACCUUGGUGGGAAAUGGGGCCAUCCUCUUCGCCAUUGGGACUGAGGCAAAGCUGCACACUCCCAUGUACUAUUUCCUGGCAAACUUGUCCCUCUUAGACAUAUUCUGCUCAUCAACAACUGUCCCCAACAUGCUGCAUAACCUCUUGACUGAGGACCACAGCAUUUCCUUUGUUGGGUGUGCUCUGCAGCUGUAUUUUCUGGUUGCCUUGAUGGGGACUGAAGUCUUCUUGCUGGCUGUUAUGGCUUAUGACCGGUACAUGGCCAUCUGCUUCCCUCUUCGCUACUCUGUUAUAAUAAACAAGGUUAGAUGUGCCCAGCUGGUGUCUGGGACCUGGGCAGCUGGAUUCCUCAAUUCUGUCAUCCACACGAUAUCCACCUUCAGCUUGUCCUUCUGCAGGUCCAAUCUGGUGAACCAGUACUACUGUGAUAUCCCACAAAUUGUGGCCUUGUCUUGCUCAUCCACCUACAUGGCAGAAAUGCUUGCUUUGGUGAUAGGAGGAGUCUUUGGGACCAGCGCCUUCCUGACCACCUUGAUCUCCUAUGGCUACAUCAUCUCCACCAUCCUGAAGAUCCAGUCUUCAGAAGGGAAGUGCAAAGCCUUCUCCACAUGCACCUCCCACCUCCUGGUGGUCGGUCUGUUCUACGGCACAGCCAUCUUCACCUACCUGCGCCGCUCCUCCAGCCAAAGCUCUCUUUCCAGGGACAGACUAAUCUCCAUGCUCUAUGGCGUCAUCACCCCAAUGCUCAACCCGGCCAUCUACAGCCUGAGAAACACAGAGGUGAGGGGCACGCUUGCAAGGGUUUUGUAUAUGAAAUUGUGCUCAGAAUCCCUAAUCAUCAGAAAGCUGAAAAUGCAAACUCUAGCGAGUAUCAUCCCACAUCUAUGA